AUGAAGUUCAGAUAGACAAAGGCAAAGCAACAUCAUGGCGAUCACCAGUGCUACCACCUCCCCCCUCGUCGUCAUCGGCGGAGUGACCGGCAACCAAGGUCGAAGCGUUCUGGACAACCUGCAAGCGUCCGAUCGACCUUACCGUAUGCGCGGCUUGACGCGGAACGCUUCGAAACCAAAGGCCGUUGAGCUGGAGAAGCUAGGCGUCGAGAUGAUCUCGAUCGAUCUGAAACCCGGGAACGAGGAGGCCAUGAGAGAAGCUUACAAGGGGGCUGAUGUGGUAUUCUGCGUGACCAACUUUUGGGAACACGUCGACAAAGAGAGGGAAAUCGCCGAAGGCAAAGCCAUGAUUGACGCUGCCAUUGCCGCAGGCGUCGACCUCUUCAUCUUCAGUUCUCUACCCAGUCCGAGCAAAUGGUCCGAUGGCAAAUAUACUCAGGUCCACCACUUCGAGGGCAAAGCAGAGAUCGCCAUCUACGGCCUCGAACGAGCCAAGUCCACCCCCUCCUUCCACUUCCGGACUGUCGAAGCCGGGUUCUACAAUACCAACGUCCUCGGCGGUCUCAACAUCUACAAAGACGACGAGGGCGUUUGGAAAUUCCCCGCUCCGAUCGAUAUGCAGACUUGCUCACCGUUACCUACGAUCGAUAUUCCCAAAGACUACGGCCUGUGGGUGCGGGCGGUCAUCGAGCGGGAGGAGGUUAGGAACGAUCCCAGGCCGGUCUUGGUCUCUGGGGAAGACGUACACGUGUUGGACCUCUUGAAGCAGCUCGGGCAAGCCGCCGGGAUCGAGAUCCAGGCCGAAAGGGUCACCUUGGAAAAGUUUGCCGAGGUGCUCAAGGGGUCCCCGCAGCAUAUCAUCGACGACUUGUCGGAGAACUGGCCAUACAUGGCCGAAUUUGGGUUCUUUGGAGGUCAGGAUGUUCACUGGGUGGACCAGUACUUGGCACGUCGACCGACCACAUUCAAGGAGUGGUGCGAGUCGGCUGAUCUCAGCCACUUCGAGGAGUAGAAUCUGGCGAGGCAGUCCGCUUCGCUUGUAUCGGCACUGUAGGAGCCUUCGAAAUAUCUUCCGAG